UUUGGCUUUCAUUGUCAUUGAAAAAAAGAUCUUGAUUUAGGUUCCAUUUUUGAUGAUGAUGACGUCUUUUCAGAUAAAGAUCCCGCACAGCAUUAAGCUCUCGUCGCACAGGAAGGCUUUUUUUCUUUCCAUAAGUUUCGUUGUCGCGUAGAAUCAUCUCACUCGGUCUAACUCUACCAUCUUCAGGUCCCCAUGUAGAGCAGCAAAGUUUUAGAUCCUUUUUUAUUUUGUUUGGUUCCAUUUGUCGAUAACAACAUUAACUGGCCGCGACGAUGUUGCCGAAUGGGAAUGGAAAUCGCACUUCAACAACUACUUUUUCUUUCAAGUAGAGCUGCUGAGUCUCGCGCCCGUCAGUGGCUCCUACGCACCAUCAUCAGAAAGUCAACAGUAUUGCUUCUUCAAUCAUAGCUAAAACAAUGUUGGCCUCCAAGGCGACAAGCAGCUCCUCUUGCGCAGCCGCGUCGAAGGCGGCAAUGCGGAGCAUUACCCACCUAGCAUUUUUGCCUGGCGUGGCGCACCAACUCGCAAAUAAGGCAGCCUGCGGAGGAACUUCUACUGCACGGCAACAGCUCUCUACAGUCGCGGCCCUCUGCAGCUCGCCAGCAUCGCCUGCGUCUUUACUAGCUGCAGGAACGAGGACGACGAAUAAAUGCCGUGAGGAGCAGCCCUUCAGCCUGCACAGCCAGGCGAGAACUCCCGCCUCCGGCAGUACAACUACAACGACCCGGCGGUUUUUCGCUGCUGGCCGCUACAAACCCCCACACGAGAUCCUCGGGGUCGGCCCCAACGCCACCGCCGACGAAAUCAAGAAGGCGUACAAAAAAAAGGCACUACAAUUCCACCCCGACCGAAACCCGGACAACAGGGAAGCGGCGGAGAAACAAUUCAAGGAAGUUUCGGAAGCCUACGAGGCACUGACAAAUCCGUCCAGAAGCAGCGGAUGUAUUGAUUUUUGUUUUUUCCUUCCUAAGAAGCUUGCACUACAUUGAUGUUUUUUCCGUCCUUUCUGCGGGAUUGCUCGUGUGAAGAUGGAUCGAUAAGCACGAAACGAACAAGCAUAAGAUGUUGUGCAACAACCUGACCCCUUUCCGCCCGCGGAAAGGGGGGUAGACGCCCCUCCAGGUGGGUGGCACCCCCCCCCCCCUUUCCGCAAUCGUCAUCGGCAUUAAAAAAAAAUCGGUAUUGCCACGACGUCGGUAUUACCGAUCCCGCCAUAAGAGGGCGCCUCUUGAACUGUUUGCGCGGCGGGCGUCCGGCCCCUGGAAUGUUUGCCAUACAUUAAGCCACAAGCGGCCCGGAACCGGGCGCCGGCGCGUUUCCCGCGACUACACGCGGCGCGACCGCGGCAUUCUUUUGGGCGCAGAGGGCCCCCUGCCUGUGGCCAACCAAUGCGCGCAGCACCUCGAUCGCCACGCGGCGUGGCGGGCGCGCUGGUGCGUGGUUGCGUGUGGUGUUGGAAGGGGGAAAGGCGCUGCAAACAGGCCGGCCCCGUUGCUUUGUUUCCCUUCCUCCUGGGCAGGCGCAGGCGCCAGGCCAAGUCACGGGCCGCAGAGGAAAGCCCCCUGCCUGCGCUCGCCAGCUAGCUCGUGGCGCCGGAACCCCAUUUCGUUAAUUUAACUUUGCUCCACAUGAGGCGCCACGCAAACCAAAUCACACUAAGCCACCCGCGGGCGCCCCUAGAAAAUGCCGGCCAAGGGAGCACACGCACAGCCCCGCUCCCUGACCUGCCAGCCUCAGCCAGUACAUGGCGGGGGCAGCGCCCGCCCGCGCAGCGCCACCUGCCCCCAUGCAGCGUUUGACAGGAGAAACGGGCCCCCCCGCUACCUCAUACUUUUUGUCGCCGGCGAUAGCGAAAGCGCGCGCCGCCUAGUCAUGUGGGGCCGGCGAGGGAGGAGGGCAACCUCCCCUGCCCCGAUGCCCUCGCCGCGCGGGGGGGCCAAACCAUGCACAGGAUUCAUUGAUUGCGGGAGAAGAGGCUGCUAGCAUGGCCAAUGGAGCGCUGCCGGGCGUUCGGUGCGGCAAUGGGGCGCGCACACGGGUCCACGUUUGCUUGGGUCGGCGUGGCGGCGCGACACAAAAAAGGCCGUGGAACGGCGCCGCGCUGCCGGCUUGCAACGCACCCAGAUGCGGCCGCCGCACCGGGCGGGGCGGCCGGCGCCGAGCCGGCAGGGGCCGCGCCGCCCCAGUCCCCCCCCCGGGCGCGAGAAAAUAGCAUCCCCCCGCACAACGCUGCGCCCGGUGGACUCCUUUCUCGGUUUGGGCGGGCGCGUCGAAGGUUACGCGCGCAAGGGCGGGGCAUUCUGGGGGGUGUCGUUUUGGUUCCAGCGUGCCUCAUAAGCUGUGGGGGGUGGGGGCCUGUGUUUGGGGGCCGGCCCAUCUUAAGGGCGCGCGGGAAAAAGGGCGAAGAAUGCGCGUCGGGCAAGCGCGGCGUGGCUCUCGUUCGUGGUAUGCAGUUCGUUGCCGGCCGCCGCGGCAGCGGGGCCCGGUCGCUUGCAGUCUUGCGCACGCUUGCGACGUCUAGGUUCUUAGGUUUUUUGGCUGUAUCUGGUCGCGGCGCAUGUGCGUGCGCGCGCUUUCCGGCUUUGGCUCUGCCUUGCAAUUCACGCACGAUCGAAACUUGCGCGCGCGAAGCGCGCGCCGCCAAAAGAAUGCACUCGCGCCGAUACAUCGAUCGCGUGCGCGGUGCUAUGCCUUUCGUUUGCGCGCACCCCCCCACCCCGGCCGUCUGACUGGGUUGCGAGCGUGCCGGCCCCGGCUGCUUGGCUUUCGGGUCUCCUUGCCGGAAGGUGGGUGGGCCCCCCCCCCCUUCCGCCGGCGGAAAGGGGUCAGGUUGUUGCACAGCAUCUAACAGCAUGCUUGUUCAUCUGGUAAUUGCUCUUGUUGAAGUCGCUUAUAACGAUGUUGAAGUCGCUUGAUACGUACGGGCUAGCGCAAAAUAAAAAUUUGAUGGUCCUCGUGCCCUCUCUUGCCGUUUGCAAAAACGAAGUAGUGGACAAAUACGUACUGAAUUAAUACAACCAACAUCAGUCGGGAGCGGGGCGGACCCUUCCGGGCAAGGCGGUUUCCACCACCCGAACCACGCGGGCGGAAUGCCGCACGGCGCCCGGCAGAUGACGCCAGAGGAGGCGGAGAAGAUGUUCCAGCAGAUGUUCGGCGGCGGGUUCUAUCCUGUGUAAAAACGUCCCCACCCCAGAGUUGUCAUGCAAGUCUGCAUGCUGAAAAUGUUUCUCAUGCGGAGCCCCAUGAGAAGCGUUUUCCAGUCGUGUUUUGGAAUUUCUCUUGCUCCAAUCCGCAUGAUAUACUAGAUCUGUGAUGCUGCAAUAGCUCAAACAGCACUACAAUACGAGCUGAAAUUUGUCAUGCAAAACAGCCAAAGUUUGUGGAUUUGUCUAGCCGAGACCCCAUCUUGACUAUGGGGUGGGGACGUUUUUACAUAGGAUAGGUUCCACGACGUGUUCAACCGUAUGUUCCACGGCAUGGACGAAGCGCCCUCCAACAUCGUCCGUUUGAACGACCGACUCUCCGUCCUGGGCACCCGGCAGCAGGUGGAGCACUACUGCCGGCAGAAGAAAAUUUCCACCGACAACGACGCGCUGCGCGCGCGGUGUCUGGGGAAGACGGGAACCGUCGUGAAGAUGGAUCCGCGGGACAACACCGUGAAGCUAAGGUUCGAAAGCGUCGGGGACGCGUGGUUUCCCGCUGAGGUGUUGACGAAACAAUCGAACGGCAACGGGGAAGAUGUAUUUCGAAACGCGCAAAGGUUUCAGUCCUUCGGAAACGGCACUGGGACGAACCUGAAUAAUCUGUUCGGCGGCGGAGCGAAUUUGAAUAGCAUGUUUGGGGGCGGAAUGGGUGGGGGAGCCGGUGGUCCUGGCUCGUCUGGUGGGGGAUUUGGUAACAGUGGCGGAGCAGCAUCUUCGAGGUCCGACGUCAUCGCGGAAGAGACGUACACUCAAGUUGUGCAAGGGGCAAAUGGGACGCCGCAACUGAAGGUGAUCACGGUCAGGAAAAAGCGUGACGGGACCACAGAGAGAAUCAUUCAGACGCAACCGAUAUGAAAUGUUAGUUUGUAUCGUUGUCGCGGCGUGUUCCUCGUCCAAGGGUAAAGGAGCAGGACGUGGGACGACCGACAGUGACCUCACAGAUGACCCCGAAAGAUGAAGCUCGUCAUUCAUUGUUGAACAAAGCGACUGUCCUCUUUUUACUCGUCGCACAUUCGCGAACAGCGACAACACUAGUACUUCUACUAGAAUACAACCAGCAUAACAGUGAAAACAAGUACAGCACCGCUCUGAAGUGAACUGAUUGAAGUAUGUUGUCAAUGAUUAAAAUCAAGGAUCUUGAAACUCCGAGGCGUCGCAACCUCCAGAUCAAAAGGAUGAAUAGAAUCGAUCAAGA